AAAAUGGCAAGAUUAUUUACUGUCGUUGCUCUCAUUGUCUCAGCCUUUUGCUUCUCAUCUGUCUUGGCUGCACCAAACGAUGCUUCCAGAAAAGAUCAAAUUUUCUUUGUUAAUGGCCAGAUCUACUGUGAUCCUUGCGCCUUCCAAUUGCAGUCAAGGCUGAGCAAACCCCUAGAAGGUGUUAAAGUGACUUUUGAGUGCACUAAGGGAGAGAAAAAUGUGACAUUUGUGAAGGAGAGUACCACCGACAAAGAUGGUUUCUACAACAUUAAAGUACAGGGUUAUCAUGAGGAAGAGGUUUGCAUGGUGAAACCCGUAAAUAAAAAGGGUACAUGUACAACGUUUAUGGAGAACAACAUCAUUGUCCCCACCAAGAUGGAGGGUGUUGUUCGCGUGGUUCGUGUUGUUAAACCCCUUGCAUUCAGGACCAAGACAAUUGAUGAGGAAUGUUACAAGCUUGCCAAUGAGUUGGGUUUGGACAAGAUUGAUGAUAAUUGAUUGUUUAAACAAUCAUUCAACUUAUUCAUUAAUCGUUGUGAAAUAUAAAAUAAAAGCCACUUAAUGUUGUGAAAAUUCUAUUGGCACAAUUGACCUGUAUAUGUUUAAAUUAUUAUUUCUCUGCAAAAAUGUGUUGUUGGUUAUUAUGUGUAACUACACAAACUCAUGUUCAUUGUAUGCUCAAUUGGUUGAAUUAUGCUAUGAUGUUGUUGAAUUAU